AUGCUCUCCCUACAAAAUGACGUUUUGGAUAGAAUGGGUAAAAUUAUUGGCUAUACCCAGGUGUAUCUUUUUACGAUCCUGCUAAUGUACAUCUGUUACACGUUCCGAAUGUCGGCCUGUCCACUGCCCAGCGAAGCCAAGUCUAAUGUCUGCCUAGGGACGGUGGUCUUAACGUUGAUAAUGUUGGCAUUGUCAAUUAUCUUGGCUGUGGGCAUUUCAUUGCGCCAAUCCAAAUAUAUUGUGCCCUGGCUAAUAAUGUCCACCGUUACGGUCAUUGUCAUCAUCAUGUAUUUGAUUAUUUAUGGCAAUAUUUUCUUAACGGUCAUGGGAAGUUUGGUGCUAUUUCUGGUACUACUUUCCUGGUAUCCCUCACUGAAACUAUAUCAGAAAUUUCGUGCGGAAAAUGAAAUCGAAUUACAACAAUAUCCAGUUGAGGAGUCAAGACCAUUGUAUCAUUUACCCACCUCUGCAUCUCUACCACUAUACAGUGAAGUUGUGAGAGAUCCCUUACAGCUGAGCACCAUGGAACCACCAUCCUACGAUGAAGUGAUCAACAUGAAAAUGAAACAUUCGUUGGAUAUUUGA